CACACACACACACACACACACACACACACACACACACACACACACACACACACACACACACACACACACACACACACACACACACACACACAUAUCCACAGCUGGUCUGGCCAGCAGACAUGAGCAGCAUUAUGCCACAUCCUACCGGAGUUGCGACCGGUCGGGCUACAGCGCGUCUCGGAAGAGACGGUGGAAGUAAGGCGGCUCACUCCAUUGAGCUCUGAAACACACCACUCUACACUACUUCUGUUUCUAUUCCUGAUGGUUUGCAGUAUUCCGAUCGAGGGAUUUUCAUGCAGAGGGUCGCCUAUCUAAACGACGCCAAUCAGGAAGAGAUCAAGCGGUGGAAGACAUCGGAAGACAUUGGUGUUUCACACACUCCGGGAGGCAGAGAGACGCACACUCCGGGAGGAGGAGAGAAACACUCUCCGGGAGGAGGAGAGACACACACUCCGGGAGGAAGAGAGGCACACAGAGAUAAAGAGACCUGAGAGGAGUGAGGCGGACCCUGGAUGCUCAGCCUCUCUCCCGCCAGCAGACUCAUCUACCUCCGGUCCUCCUGUCCCCCUCGGCUAUCUAGAGAACACUUUUCUUCUCGGUCCUUUUUUCUUGUUGUCUCGACCGUCCAUCUUCAUCUCUCCUUUCUCUUUGGACUUGCUUUCUAUGUAUUUGAGGGGAGGACGGGUCGACCACAUUUGGACCACUAGCUAGCCCUGAGCCACCGGGACAGCACACACCAGCUCGGAUCUGUGUUGAAAACACACACCAGCCCGGGUCUGUGGUGACCACCCCCCGCAUGGAGCCGUCGGGAUGGCCUGCAGCACGUGCUACUACCUGGUGAUCAGCUCCACUCACCUGAGCAACGGACACUUCCGCCGCGUCAAGGGGGUCUUCCGCGGACCCCUGUGCCCCACCGCGACCAGCGACUCACCGGAGUCUGCUGAGAAGGCUCUGAGCUGUUCGUUGGAUGAUCUGAAAGCUUCAUUCUACUGUGAUCUGUGUGACAAGCAGUACCUCAGACACCAGGAGUUCGACAAUCACAUCAACUCCUACGAUCACGCACACAAGCAGAGACUAAAGGAGCUCAAGCACAGGGAGUUUGCUCGUAACGUGGCCUCUAAAUCAUGGAAGGACCAGCGCAAACAAGAGAGGGCCCUGAGACGCCUGCACAAGCUCGCACAGCUGCAGCAGGACAGCCAGGGAGUCCCAGAGCAGAGCUGUGAACCCAGAGGUCCAGCCAGGGACAGAGAGGGCGAACAGAGGCACUGGCCUGAGUCCUCAAGGCCCCCCCAGAGGCCCACCCUUCACCGCCCUAGCGCCUACCCGGGCGCUACAGAGAGGGCGGGCGGGUUGCUGAUCUCUGUGUGCCGAUCUCCACCUUCUCCACCCAAAGCUGCUUGUUCUGCUGAUCCUCAGCACCACCUCCCCACCGCCCAUUCCCAGCAUGCAGCAGUGGACCUGAGCGACCCACAUUGGACCCCCAGCAUCCCAGCUCUUGGGUGGGAUAACACGCUCCCCUAUCCGGGUCUGACCCCGCAAGCGCCCCGGACCGGGCCCAGGCUGGGGGUCUCCUUCUGCUUCUCCCGCAGAGGACCCCGGCUGGAGCCCUCCGCCUCCGUCUUCUCCGACCUUGAGGAGGACGAGAGAGAACGAAGAGAACAAAAGAGGGACAGAAGAAAGGGAAUAAUGGAGGAUAUAGACGAGGAGAUCAGGGCAAGAGGGGAGAGGGAAUGGCAGACACACGGGGCAGCUCUGGGGUCUCAGCCCAGCUCUGAGGAUCUGGGGCCCAAAGACACCAAGCCAAUGAGUGGCGUUGAGCCGCUUAGAGACCGGCCCAGAGGGAGGGGAGACACUGAAGAGGAGACUUUCAUUCCCACUGUACCACUUCAACAUCAGGCAUGCGGGAGGAAUCGUACUCACUCCUCACCUGCACAGAUCCAGGCAGGAUUCAUAAGGACCAUCCAUCCCGAUGGGCCGGUGUUCAGCCCAACCCCCCCUGACCCUCCAACUAGAGAAACACAGGGCCAGCUGGAGAGCCAGUAUGUCUGUGUGCGGAGCAAAGACGGCAUCACCAGUUUGCGAUGGCCUAUUAGUUUACUGAAAUACACCACGCAUGAACCUUGCCUUGCUUACAGCUGCAACCUGCUAUGUCCCAACCUCUGCCGACCCAGCCCGCAACCGGCCCCAACCCCAAGGAGUCCGGAGCAUCCCAACACAAAUCAGAGAUCAGGCCUCUUGUUGGAGUCUACAGGUCCCUCCAGCAGCCCAGCCAUCCUCACAGAAGAGACACACUUCUAUCUAGCACAGACGAGAAGCCAGAAGCCAAGAGCAAAAGGCAGGUGUGUGGCGGCAGAGCCCGGCGUGGACCCAGCCCACCUGCUCCUGCAGACCGCGCCGCAUUCAUCAUCAGAUAGGGACCUCGCCGGGGAGGGGGAGCCUAGCGCCCGCUGGGAGAAGACUGAGGGAGAAGCCUACCAUCUAUUCGACUCCCCUCCCAGUGACAGCUCUGACACAAACUCCCACAAUCCUCCAGGAGACAGAUUAGGGGGUGUGAGUGGGAUCAGGGGUAGAGCUGCCUCAGUCCUGAGCUGUAAAUUACAGUCUGUCAGCCGACCCGGUGCGUCGAGCAACAGCUCGUCCAGGUGUGCAUGUGGCAGCAAGGUGGCGUGCGCGUGUGCCAGAAAGCAACAGAACGCCUCCGAGGGUGUCUCAGGAACGUCACGAAAAAGGGGAAACGACAGUGUGAUGAAAGGCACGCCUGGAAAGAGAGGUGAGAGGGAGAAAUGUUCAAACAAGCGACGAGCAGCGAGGUGCAGGAUGAGGAGCGUCGUCACCACGGUCCCCACCGCGGCGGGCGGGGAGCGGGAGGGAGGCGAGGCAGGGGGGCGGCAGAGGAAGAGCAGGAGGAGGAGGAUGGAGAGGCAGACAGAGGGAAGGAAGAGGAGAAGGAGAGUAUACAAAGCAGGGAGCAGCUGUCUUCUAGGAAGAUGUGAGGCUGAACCAGUAUCUGUCACUGUCAGGAGCAGGGGGCCCCAUAGGAGCCACUACACAGAGUCCCAGUCACAACCCGACAGGGUGCAGGCGGGCCACUGCAGAGCGCACUCCCUGCCCAACAGAUACCCAGCAGGCAGGGAGGCCCAGCGAGGGAGGGAGGGGGAGGGAGAUGUGCUGGAGUCUUUCCCCUGGCGUUCUCACUUGUCCCCUCAGCCAUUCUCACCGGGAUGCACUACUAAAUUGUUUGGGGAUAGGGGUCACCAUGGCAACCAUGGGAGUUUCAUCGACUGCCAUUUCCAUGACAAUAGCUGUGAUAGCGGGCCAGCAGGGAAGAGAACGCUUCUCUGCGGGGAGAAUAAAUAUUUUUAUAGUCGCUGGAAGAGUGUGAAGUGCUGCCGGUUGUCAGCUGAGACAGGGGGCUGGAGGAACAGAGGAGCACAUGGAAGGAUCAGAGCGAGACACAGGCUGGGACAGUGGGGGGCGGGCCAGAGAGUUUCAGGGGGGGUGGGGGUGGGGGGGGCUACUAGCGGAGCGGCAGAUUGGGAUAUCGCAGGCCACUUUAGCCCAAAUGCAGGAGGGUGGAGCAGCAGACUGAGCAGGUGCUUCCGUCCAGAAAUGGCGGACUGGGACCGGGGCAGCCUUGACAGCUGGACCUGGGGCAGCAGCGACAGCUGGGAGGACCGGGGGACCUACAGGUCGACGCCGGGGUCCAAGGACCACAGGGACAGUCCGGCCUUUGUGUGGAGGCUGUCCGACAGCCCUCAACACCUCUCCAGUAGCCCAGAGUGGUGGGCCGGCACGCAGGCCACCAGAUGCCACAGCUCUCGAAGUCCCAGCAGCACCAGCGUGUCGGAGCUGAGCGGUGACUGCAGCAGGAGCACUACCCGGUCCAGAGUCAGCCUGCCUCAGUGGGAGGUUGGAUCCUCCUUCGAUGGUCUCUACGCUGGGGUUGAGAAACACUCCCCUCUGAGUGAAAAGCUGAGUGGCUCCUCCUCCUCAAACGCCGGCUACCAUCCCAACGCACGGGUCGACACAGCCUCGCCGGCCUCCCUGAUCCUGCCAAGUGCAAACACACAGCCCCGGUGUGCAAGCGGUAGCGCUGAUCAUCUGUCCCGGCCAAUGCAGCCUAACUCUGAGCCUGACCAUCACCCCCAACCCUUUGCCCCUGGCCCAACCAACACCUCGGAGAAAAGCCCUCCAGAGAGCGCCCCUCCACUGAGGCCAGCCAGGACAUGGCUCCUCCCUCUGAUAGGGAAGCUCCCUGCUAUUCAGAGGAUAGCCAGGAAGAGAAAGGGUUUAGAAGGGACGAGUCAGCAGGCCGAGGCAGAGGAGAAAAACAUAGUGAACGAGAAAGACUUUACAACACUUGCUAAUCAUAAUCAUUGCACAAAGAACGGUACUGUUUCAAGCUGUUGCAGUGCGGCUCCUCUCAGAAUGGACAAACAGACAGCUCAGCCCAUCAGCUUCAGCGCUGAGGAAAUGGACAAGUACCGUUUCCUUCAAGAGCAGGCUAGAGAGCACAUGCAGAAGGUUCUGGCCCAGAACCUGGAAAGGGGAACCAUGCAGCACAGAGACGCAGACCAGGGGAUCUACAUGCAUGUGUCACAGCUGAAGACCUAUGAACUGGAAGGACAUCACACGCUCCUGUCACACUUGCAGCCCCACGGACACCACAGCCACACACAGACAGAAGCACAGCACGCCCUUUCUAUAACCCCUCCUCCCAUGCCCACAUUCAUGCCUCCACAGGAGCCCUACGCCCAGCCCAUGCAGGUCGGACCCCCGAACCAGCCCUCUCUGCCUCUGUCUGCACUCCGACACAUCAUCCUACAGCACAGAGCCUCCUCAUCACCUUCAUCAUCCUCCAUCUCCCAUGGCCUCGCUCCGCACCCAGCCACGCUCUGCCACCAAAGCCAGCGCCACCUGCUCCAUCUACACCCCUCCCUGCCGCACCACUCCCAGCUCUCCCCGCUCUUUCCUCUCUCCGUCUCCAGCCUGUUCCCCUCCGUGCUGCUCAACCACCAGCCUCCUCCACCACCCCCUCUACUCCUUCCCCGCAUCCCGGCCUUUCACUUCGCCCCCCUGGCCUCCGCCCUGCCCCCAAUGGCCCUCCACCCACUGAGCACACAGCUCUUCCUGGACAAAGCCUGGCCGCUGAGGCUCCGGCAGAAGGCCUUAUGAAUUCUCUGCAGACUGGCAGCCGUGUCAGUGCCUCGUCUCCCCCGGCGACGGCUGCUUAGAGGGAGCAGGAGUCUCUGGCACAAUGUAACGGCUGCCAUCUGAACCGAGACAGGACAGAUGGGGAUGUGUCAGGGAUUGGGCUUUCUAUCAGGCACACAGCCACAGAUAUACAUCCAACUAGUGACUCGUUUUCAGAUUACCAUUUCUUCUUCAUUUAGCCUUCCUGCCCGUGCUGGAGCAGACAAGACAGCGUGAAAUCACUCUUUGAUCCGUAAGGCGUUUCCAUGGCUCUCCAGUCAGAGCAGGAAUGGAAGGGACUGCACACCUGCUAGUUCGGUUAGUCUCACUUUCCUCUGAACGCCAGAUAGAGCAAAUGCCUUUUGAAGUAUAUUUCACGCUGAGGAGAGAAAAGCAAGUAAAGAGAUAACAAUAUGCUGGUCUCCUCUCAUCUCCAUAUUAUGGAGGGUAUGUAGGUUAGAGCCAGGCCAAAGAUCAGGGGACUGGGGGCAUCACAUAGACACAUUACCAUGAUGUGUGUGUGUGUGUGUGUGUGUGUGUGUGUGUGUGUGUGUGUGUGUGUGUGUGGUUGUAUUUAAGUCCCAUUCUCCUUCCAUGCACACACACACACACACACACACACACACACACACACACACACACACACACACACACACACACACACACACACACAAACAAACAAACAAACAAACAAACAAACAAACAAACAAACAAACAAACAUAUACAAA